AUGUGCGGUGGAUCUGAGGCCUGCGGUUGGAUCUGGCAGCCACAAGCAGCUUGCAUGCUGCUGAAGCCAUGUGGGCUGCUGGACGUGGACAAUGGGACAUCUCAGAUCCGAAUACCUGGAAGACAGUCCAGGCUGGCUUUGUGCUCACACACAGUGCAGGACAAGGCAGAGACAGCCCACCCAGCCGCAGCCUCCCUGUGUGAGGAUGGCCGAGCUGGGGGCUGUUUCCUCCGCUGCAGACCUGGACGUGGCGAGUGUGACACCAUAGAAGCUGCCCUGACAUUCAAGUCUGAACAGGCACAGGUGGAAAGACUAAACCACCUGCCCCUUCCUGAGGGUAUUAGGGCAGACGUGCAGCUCUAA